CUGCUGUACGCCUUCGACUCGUGUCGAAGUCCAAAAAAUCAUGCAGUCGGCGGAUCUCACUCACGCGUCAAAUAUAGUGGUUUGGAACAAAUGGUUCCUGACUUUUCUGGGCUUAUGGCCGGAAAGGGUGAAUCAGCUUGUAUUCAUAUUCUUUACCACGUACAUGGUAAUUUAUUGCACCAUGGGAAUGAACCAUCUGAUCAGGCAUUCCGACCAACCAGAACUCGUCAUAGCAAAUUUCACGGAUAACGUUUUUCUUACUAUGACACUGGGAAAGAUGCUCAUAUGCAGACGGAGCAGCAGAAUAAUGGCCACGUUUCUGAAAAGCAUCGAGCCCGAUUUCACGACGAGGAUGUACGAUAACAUUCAGGAAAAACAGGCAUAUCUACAGUACAACAAGCUCGCUCUGAUAUUCGUGAGGCUUUCGAUGCCCAUGUUGGCAUUCACGUCUACGUUGUAUUACUUAAGGCUAUUUUACGAAAAAUGGAGCAUAAUGAUAUCCGGUAAUUUUUCGUAUGAAACAUUACCAUAUCCGGUUCAUCCCUUCUUUGAGAUCAAGGACACGGCUACGUACGUAUGCGUUUGCAUCUACCUGGCGAUAAUGUUACCGAUAAUAUUAUGCGGUUACGGUGGACUGGAUGCUUUCGUGCUUAGCAUGGCUCUUCACAUUUGCGGUCAGUUUGCCGCUUUAUCGUACAAAAUUAACAAUUUGCUUAAAGAUCAUAAGAACUACCAUCGCCAUAUCACUAACAUCGUAUUAAGGCAUCGCCAUCUAAUAAAAUUAGCAGAGAUCUUAGAGAACAGUUUCAACAUGAUAUGCCUGCAGCAAACUCUGGGCACUUUAGUCUUGCUCUGUUUAACUAUGUUCCAUAUGCUUGCGACUUCGGCAUAUGGCGAUAAUGCUAACGUUGUAGCUUUUACAUUAUAUGCAGUCUGCGUAAGUAGUACAAUUCUCGCUUAUUGCUACACGGGCGAGUGCCUCUUUACUGAGAGUGCCGGAUUGAGCGAUGCGUUUUAUAAUACCGACUGGUACAAUAAUUCGCCAUCAUCUACAAAGUUAGUCGGCAUUUGUAUGAUUCGAUCUGACAGACCAUUAAUAUUGACUGCCGGAAAAUUCUGCAUAUUAUCAUUGAACACAUUCACGAGUAUUGUGAAAACAUCGAUGGCGUAUCUGUCUGUGUUACGCAAUUUUAUGUAAAAGAAUUUUAGCUUGAAAUAUUUCGUCAUAACUUAUUUGUGAAAGCAUGUAUAGAUGAUCAGAUUUAAUUAUAAUUUAUAACAGGAAUUAUUGCCUCAAAUGUUUUUCUAAAUGAGCAUUGAUACGAUUUAAUAGAUCUAAUAAUUUUUAAGGAAUCUUGAUGAGUAAGAAAGAUAAUGGUUUUUUUUCUUCUUUGCACAUGUUUAUGAAAUAUUUAAAAAGCAUGAAAAUCAGAAUAAAUUUAACAAAAUAUGUUGAGAUUAAUAAUAAUCAGAUAUUCUCUUUCUUUGAUACACGUAUUCCUUUUGUGAACAACUUUUGUAAUAUACCAGAUAAUAAUGACAAAUUAUACUGAAUACAGUCUGUAAUCUGAAAUUUGUUUUAUACACUUCUUAAAGUUGAGGACACUUGUAACUCCCAAGUAUUUCGUAGAAAUUGAUUUGCAUGCUACACCAAGUUUUUCAUGGUUUAGAACGUGGCUUGCGACUGUCAAAUGAAAAUAAUUACGAGUAACUACUUUUCGACGAAGGUCUUACGGUAGUUUUCGUUUAUAUAGAGAGAUGUAAGAUAAUAGAUGUACAAUGAGGAUGGUAGCAACAUAUUUGAUUCAAAUUACAAUUGUGCUAUUAAAUAAUUGAUAUAACUUAGAUCCAUAACAUCGAUCGAUUAUAGUUAUAUCGCCGAUAAUUCCAUUGACACUACCAGUUCUGAAUAAAUAUCAUAAGUAACUGUAAUUCUAUUCGACCAAUUUAAAAUGAAAGUAAGAUAUAUAUGCAUUAUAAUUUAUAAUAUAUUCCAAUUUUGGAAUUUGUUCGAAAAA